GUUUUGAGCUACACGAACUUGAAGUUCUCCGCCAACACUCCUCAACAUGCCCUCAAGGUCAACCGUCAAAAGUUCCCCUUUCCAAAAACAUACUGCACCCAAAUCCUCCAAUUGCGCUGUGCCCAAGCUAGAUGAUAAAGGUCCCCUUGCUGUGGUUGUGGCGGAUUUAGUCGCCUCCCGUUUCCAGCCACUGUCUAGUCACACUCCGCACUGCUUAUUGCCCCUGGCGAAUGUUCCUCUGUUGCAUUACGCGUUGUCACGUUUGGUCGAGGAUGGUUUCAAGGACAUCUUGAUUUAUUCGUGUAAUCAAUCCACUCAAGUGGAGGAGUUCAUCCGAGACUCCAGUUGCUACGAAAAUACACGCAUACGCGUUCAUCACGGUGACGGGAGUUCAAGCAUUGGUGAUGUGAUGCGCGAUCUGGACUCACGUCAAGCAUUACGCGGUGUGGCGGACUUCUUGCUGGUACCAGCCGAUUUAGUCUGUGCAAGGCCGUUACUUCCCUUUCUGGUGCAACACCAACAACGAAGAACACGUAAUCCUUCUGCCAUUUUGAGUUUGAUUCUCCCGUACACUUCGAAUGUGAUCAGCCGUUCACAGGCUUCCGAAUGGGGUGUCAUGGCCAUCUUCUCACGUAGCGCUGAUAACCGCCUUAUCCGACUGCAGCAUGUAGCGUCACCAUCUGUCGCCUUUUCUGAUAUUCUGCGCCCCGACCACUGCGUAGAAUUGGCCUCCGAUCUGAUGGACUUGGAGAUUGCUGCGUGCAGUGCCCAUAUACCCCCGUUGUUUCAGGACAACUUUGACUACCGGACUUUGGGUGACCUUAUUCAUGAUGUUUUGACUAACGAGGAGGUUAUGGACUAUUCCAUCCACGUAGAUCCCGUACCGAAUGGUCCACUCGUCUUACGCGCCGCACCGGAUUUACAAACGCUCAUUAACUUGGGUCCACAUAUUUUGUCACGCUUCGCUUCUGUACCAGACGUCCUCCCUCCAAUGUUGCUUCCACAGAACUGUGAAUACUCCGCAUUUGGACCACAGGUUUAUGUUGCAAAAUCUGCUAGCGUGCACCCAAAAGCAAAAAUCGUCGGAGCUUGUUUAAUUGGUCCUGGCUGCCGCGUGGAUUCUCGUGCCUGCCUCAUUGACUGUAUCUUGGCCUCUGAUUGCCGGGUUGGGGAGAAGACCUGUCUUCGUCGUGUAGUCGCUUGUUGUGGAGCCACGUUUGGGGCUCGGGUUUCUGCUGAUACAGCUUGGGUUUGCGCCAAAGCCACUGUGCUCGAUGGAGUGCGUAUGCCCUUCUGUUGUUUCAUCGGCCCUUCUGUAGAUUCAUUGGUUAGCUUGGGUCCCGGCCGGGGCGCCCUCCCUUUCAAGUCCGUACUUGUGGCUCCCAAUGAUAUAGACCUCAUCCUCGAACCUGCUAUUGGAGGGGCUCAAGUUUGGGCUGCGGAGUACAUUCGCAGGAAGCAUCCUGCCUCGACACAUCACGAUGAGACUACUUCUUGCUCCUUGUCUACUGAAAGCGAUAAUGAGGGUGAUCAGAACGUAGAGUCUGCGGAACUCUCUCGUAUCUUAUGGCACACCGCUGAGGAUCGCUUGCGUUCUACAUUCAAGAGGUAUCUUCGUGAACGAAAUCGUUCUCGAGUGCUGAGUGGAGCUAGCGAUUCUUAUCAGUUGAACCGAUCGAUAACACGCAAAAAUCGAUGCACUUCCGAUGUCACAGACAGUGACGCCGAUCUCUCCGGUAUCAGCAAUGAUGAGGGGGAGCAGUCAGAAGUAUUUCUGAUUGCAGAAUUACGUCGUACCAUGGAAAGAGUCCAAGAUAAGACCGAUCUCACGGAGAACCUUAUUUUGGAGGUCAAUUCCCUGAAGCACGCCUACAACAUUCCGAUUGAAGAUCUACAUUUCCUUUUAAUUAAAGCCCUCUUGGAAUUGACUCGUUCAAACACUCCCCCCGUCUCUGAUGAACUAGGCGAACGGGCGCAGCUCCGUUUAUUCAUGGUGGAAUUCACCAAACAGCUGGAACGCUUCCAUGGUGUACUGAAAUCAUAUCUUUGUGGAUCCCAUGCACACGGUCGUUUGUGCCUACAAGCGCUAGAAGAUUCGGCCUGCUACCAGCCCUUAAUCAUGUCCGCCAGCCCUUUCAUUGCGCAUGCCUUGUACGAUAAGGACCUGGUAACAGAGCAAGCUGUCUGGUGGUGGUUGAGCGAGUCCCCUCUCCUGGUCGACGAAGAAUUAGCAGAGCAAACGAAACUAGUACGAGAAAAAAUGAAACCCUUCCUCGCAUGGCUGAAAGAGGCUGAAGAGGAUGACAGCGAAGAGAGUUGCGAUCCAGAGUAGAACUUAUUGUGUAUGAGGCGAGAUCUUGUGUACAUAUUUUAUUUUUCUUACUUCUUUCUGUCCACCGACUUGACAACCUUUCUGCGGAACCAUUCUCCACUUGCAUGAAAACAGCCUUACAAGCUUUUGGGAAAAUUCACUUGUUUUGUAAUUUUAUCUUCUAAAGUUGAACAGUCUCGUGCUCCUGUUAUUCCUCCCGUUAGGCAAAAUAAUUUUAGGAUAAUAAUGCCAAGGAGGUUUCAGUGGACAAGGAAUGUUUCGGUUCUUUAUCUUCACAACUCGUAUCAAUAAGGCCACUAAUACGCCGGCGAUACAGCUCUAACCUGGAUUCCCACUUUCGCAUUACAGUUUAUUAUUUAUCAUCCUAACAUGUAAGUACGUAUCAAGGGCAGUCACCUUUCGUAUCGAAGCUAUAGUAAAA